AGCGAGCUGAGCUGGCGUUGCUACCGCCACUACCACUCGCCCUGCCACGGCCGCCCCUGCUCGCAGCGCCCCUCUGAUCCAAGGCUGUCUGUCUGUACUUGUUACGGUGUAACCUCCUCCGCCGCCUCCUCCUCAAGAGCCGCUGCAACUUCCCCUCAGCUAGCCUCCUCCUCUGUUUGGGGACUGCAAAGGCAUGGGAUAGACCCACAGCCACUUCUCUCAAUCUCUCUUCCAGCCCUCGCUCAGUUUCCCCCAUUUAAAUUAAAGUCGGUUCCUCGCUUCUCAUCGUUUUUAGAGGUUUAUUUACCAGUCUAUUAUUUCCCCCGAUUUUAUUUCCUCUCCCUGGGCCAGAAGGUCGCAGGGGCUGGAGAGUUUAUUUUAGGGAGGGGGCUCUCCACCCCGUUCCUCCUCUUUCGGCCGUGACUUGAUUUCCCGGCUCCUCUCGGUUCCCACCCCUGGAACUCACGGUCCUACACUGGAGUGACGCACCGACACCCCCCGCCCACAGCCCAGACGUCCCCUCCCUUGCUGCCACCCCGACCCGUCUAGGAGCUGGACCGCUGGCGACUUCUUGGCGGAAGGAUAUAUGUUGGGUAAAGGAGGAAAACGGAAGUUUGAUGAGCAUGAAGAUGGGCUGGAAGGCAAAAUCUUGUCUCCCUCUGACGGUCCAUCCAAGGUGUCUUACACCUUACAGCGCCAGACUAUCUUCAACAUUUCCCUUAUGAAACUCUACAACCACAGGCCCCUCACAGAGCCCAGCUUGCAAAAGACCGUCUUAAUCAACAACAUGUUGCGGCGUAUCCAGGAGGAGCUCAAACAGGAGGGCAGCCUGAGGCCUGCGUUCGCCCCCUCCUCCCAGCCCAGCGACUCGCUGAGUGACAGCUGCCGAGAGGCCCCGCCCGCGCUCAGCCACUCCGCGGCCCCGCCCGCUCACCCUGGUGACCUCGGAAGCACUACACCCCUGGAGGCCUGCCUCACCCCGGCCUCGCUGCUCGAGGACGACGACGACACUUUUUGCACUUCUCCGGCUGUGCCACUCAUGGCUCCUACCAGACUCUCACCUCCAGCUCUCCCGCCGGCAAAGGACAGCUUCUCCUCGGCCUUGGACGAGAUCGAGGAGCUCUGUCCCACAUCUACCUCCACAGAGGUCGCCGUGGCAGCGACUGACGGCUCAAAAGGGGGCGCCGGACUCGCCAGCGCCCUGAAACCCGAGGGGCUUCAAGAGGGCCGCCCCGACGACCCGAAACUGAUGGACUCUCUGCCUGGGAAUUUUGAAAUCACCACGUCCACGGGAUUUCUGACGGACCUGACCCUGGACGACAUCCUGUUUGCUGACAUUGACACGUCAAUGUAUGAUUUUGACCCCUGCACCUCCGCGUCGGGGACAGCCUCGAAAAUGGCCCCCGUGUCAGCGGACGACCUCCUCAAGACUCUCGCCCCUUACAGCAGCCAGCCUGUCGCCCCGAGCCAGCCUUUCAAAAUGGACCUCACAGAGCUGGACCACAUCAUGGAGGUGCUCGUUGGGUCCUAAGUCCCAGGGACCCCGUGACUGUACCCAGCCAGGCCCUGCGAGUGUCCCCGCGCCCUGACAGCUCUCUCUCCGCACUGUGCAUGCACCCUUGCUUGCCUUUUUCAGAGAAGAACAUUUUACAAAAGGAUCACACUAGUUUUUGCUUUUAGCAGAGUUGGAGUGCCUUCAUCCAAGGAUGACCACUUUCAGUAUGCUUUUGUGAGUGGCUCCUCAGAGACCUGCUACCCUGGAAUAGGAAAGAACACCUUUGCAGACAAUGUUGCGAUAUCGAGUGGCAAAAACAGUUCAAGUGAAGCACAAGGAAUAAGUUGGAAAAGCUGUAAAUUGCAUGUGCAUAUUUGUCUAUUUUUUCUAUAAGUUUUAUUGCAAGAGGUAAAAAAAGAAAAAGUAUAUAUAUAUUAUUUAGAUAAUCUCAAUACCUUUUCUGGCAUUUUCGCCCUGUAUAGGUUGACUUGGCAAUUCAGCCUUUUUAGAGGCAUUAACUCCUCGUAAGUGUUGCAUUUACAUGGCUGUUUAGAAACUGCUGCCCAAAUUUAUUUUAUAUUUUUGUACAGAUUCUGCAGUUUAUGAUAUUGUUUUUCUAAAAAAAACAAAUGCUGUUUAUACAUAUGAGAUAGCUAUUUUGAUAGGAUUUGCUCACAUAGUUCCUGCAAACUUCAGAUGUACAAGUUGCACUUGUACUUUUAUAGCGUUGUAAUGUUUUAUAUGUGUUUGGUGCAAAGAGAAAAUUGUAUCAAAUCAAUCCGCAGUUGAUGUCCCCAAAUGCAGACACCCACCCACACCCAUACACACACAGCGCUUUAAGAAAGGGCCAGGCAAUAUCACACCCAAAUUUCACAGGCACCGACCUCCUGGCACGAACACCCGCCAGCACUGUGACCUUCAAAGCCAGAGCCACGUCUGCUCAUCAAACUUGCAUUAAGCAGUUGGCGGGAGGUGGCCUUGGAGCUCGGGGUCUAAGUGAUGGUUCUCUUUUAGCUCCCUCUCUUGAGGGGAAAACUACCCAAUAGUCACUGUAUUUAUGCCAAGUUUGUGCUUUUAAUUGUUUUUAUUUUUUUUAAACAAAAACCCAAAUCUUUCCUUUUUGGCAUAAUUUUUAUGAUGACCUCAAAUUUUACAUGUGAACAAAAUUUUAUGAAAAGUAACCAACCUCUUCAUGGAACUAAACCCUAUUGCAAUGCUUAGGGCUCCUAAGGGAAAAAAAAAAAAAGAAAGAAAUCCCCCCAGAAGGCAUCCAUCAUGUUGCCCAUUGUCUUUUCCAGCUUCCCUUCCCUAGAGCUUUCAUUCCCUCCGUUGCUAAGUGCUGAAAAUGUUACCUUCGUGAUUACCACAGUGAGCUCGGCUCACCUCGGCCGAGCCUGGGACGCACUCUUGAAACCGCCUUGGCUCUUGAACCUGGAGUUGGUCCCAUUAUGUCACAGCUUCCAGUCUGGUUGCUUUCUUGGUCAGCUGCUCUACCUACACUUUACAAGGCUGUUUUACCCAAAUAUGCAGACAAGACUUUCUAUGCAUGUUUCUCCUCCUUCCCCCUUGCCAUCCCCGCCCCCAGCAACCCCCUGAGUGUGCACACACACACACACAUACACACACACACUUGAGAAGUAGCUUUUUCUUCCCAGCGGUGUACAUUUAAUUUUAAAACAUUUGUAAUGUAUCAUGCUUGUUGCUGAAAUUGUUUAUGGCCUUUUUCUUUCAGUUUUUUCUUUCUUCCAAUGGUACUUUCGCUGGUUACAUCCUAUAUUGUUGAAAUGCAGAUGGCUUCUUUAGGAAUAACUUUUAUAUUUAUUUAAGAAUUUUUAAAUUAUGGGAUUUGUGUUGUUGUUGUCUUUGUUGUUAGUCAUUUGUCAAUAUUCAGUCACCAAUUCUGCUCACUUCUUGCCAUGGAUAAAAUUGAGUCUUUCUGGCCAAUUAAAAAAGACAGCUUUAUAAAAUGGCACUUUAAACAAGCCAUAGAUAGUUUUAUUUUUAUAAUGCACAUGGCAAAACAAAUACAUUUGUGAUGAAGGAACUGCUCAUCUAAUCAAAACAUUUGUCAUGUAUGGUAUGAUUAAAUCUUUCCACUUUCUAAUUUAUCGCCCCCCCCCCCCAAGGCUAAUUAUCAACUCCAUAGCACAGUAAGAAACAGAUCAAAUUGCUCUUGUCCUCCUACAAGCCACGCCCACCAGAACACCUCUUAACUGCUACAGAUGUGUCAUCUCCUGUGGUGGGACCAGGGACCACACGCAUGGUUGAGGUGAGGGUCAUAGAUGCUUCCAGCGUCACUGUGCCUGUCCACGAUAAGGGCUUCCUUUUUCUGGGGAGAACAAGUCAGCCCAGAUGCCGCGUUUCUGACAACUGGAAGACCUGGCACACUCAGUACUUGCUGCACACUUACACACACGCAUACAUACACAAUAGUGUUGAUUAUUCCGAACAAUAACAGGGCGAAGCGGUUGAUUUGCCAUUGUUAAAAACUGAUUUACAGGAACUUAGAACAACUGUACUUUAGUUGGAUUAGCAAAUCGUGUGUUUAAACAAAUCCCAUAUGUUGGGCAACCGUUCAAAUGAGCGCAGUGAAGUGCUGCCCAGACGCGGUUCUCUGACCCGCUCGUGUGUGUGAGGCUGGGCUUCAGAAUCAAAACAACAGCAACAACCAAAAAACCAACAGCAGGCAAAUGCGUGUUAACUGCGGGCACCCUUGCCGUAAACUCUUGACAUUCAAGGCCUUCUGAGGAAGACAUAUGAAAUUAGUAGCCCAUUUUUAAAAGAACAAAACCAUCAAGUGUUCAAGUUACCUUUGUGUCUUACUUUUGCAAAAGGUGUCCCCGCAGGGAAGAAUGUGAGCCUCUGUGUGAUCUCCACGCCCCAGUCUGAGUGCGGGACGUGCUUCCAGAUGCCACCUGGCAGCAGUGCCUUCCCCUUUGCAAAGGACGUCAUGUGGCGUUCAGAGUCAGGCAGUCGGUUUGAGGUGCCUUUAUGAGAAGGACAUGCCGGCUGGGGCAGGGAGAGGACAGUCAUUGACAGUGAUGUGCAAUGAAGUGACAAGAUGAGAGCAGAAUAAUAAGAGCUUUGAAUUUGAAGUGAUUUUUUCAUAAGUUAUUUAUUCCUUUUUUCUGUGUAAAUAUAUUUAUUUUACUGUGGAGCUCUAACAACAUCUGGAUCGUAACAUGUGCAGAAUGUACGGUAGGAAUGUAUUCUCUUGUAGGAAUGUCAAUCUGUAUUAAAAGGGGGUCUGAGCCAGACCCCUGGGUCUUCUCAUCGUAUGCACAGUCCACGUUCAUUUUCACUCUCUUCUCGAACAUGGGUCUAUUUGAAAUAUGCAAAAGGUAUGGAUGAGGGAUGUUUUAAUACCUCCAAAUUUUUAAGAAAAUCAAGCAUCAAAGGGGUGAUAUUUUUAAAUGUUUUUUUAGUAGCACUUUCUCUUUAUGACAGAAGGGGCCACCACACGGACACCCUGUUCACACCAAAAGGUGGGACCAGCCCAGAGCCUCCGCUCCACCUCCAGUGUCUUGAUCAAUCAAGCUUUCUAUUGCCAUAGCCCCUUGGAGUGCCCCGGCUGCCCCAAGGUCAGUCAGGGAAAAUGUCUGACAUAAAUAAGCUCUGAAGAGCCAAAGUAUCAACUUACGGAUCAUUUUUAAAGCUUAAAUUUAUUAACUACCUUUGUGGUAAACAAUGAAUUAUGAAUACUGCAGGGCAGCCUUCUUAAAUGACAGAUGUUAAAAAAAAAGUCGUCUUUAUGCAACAAUUGAUACCCUCUGUAUAAAUAGUCUUAAUUUCAAAACCUUGCUGUUACAAAUUGGGCCUUUAUACGUUUUACGAAAAUACUGAAAAGAGCAUAUUUAACCUGUUCUGGCUGCAAAUGGUUAAUUUCCCUAACUGCCGAUGACAGAGAGGGGACAGCGAGGGGCAUGGGUCCUGCUUGUGUGCAUUUGUUUCUGGGGCUUCUGAGAAUGAGUCCGAGUGGUUCCUGACAGCGAGGCAGGACCAAGUACUGUUGCAGACAAAGCCAGUACAAAUUUUGGACAUCCUUUGGGGAUAACAGGUUUGGAAGACAAGUGCAGUCCAUACAAGCAAACAACUGAGAUUUUGGGAAAGAUGUAUAUAGUGACGUGUUUGGUGCAUGGAUUUUGAGGAGAGAUUUUGUCUAAAAUGGAGGUGUAACCUUUCCCCCACAGACCUGAGAGCUGUGCCUUUUCUAUGCAAUAUUACAGACGUUACAUCGGAACCCAGGUGGCUGUAUUCACAUGUAGGUUUGGGCUGUAAUCUAAACAAUUGGACAGAUUAAAUGUACAUGGAAAUGAGCAGUCUUACUUUUGUAGUUUUAUAUUAUACAAUAAACAGUUAAAAGAUGA